UGUGAGCACUGUCUGUGAUACUUUGAGGCAUCUGACACGAAACUGGAAACGUGGAGUCAGGGUGUGUGCAGAAGGCGGUGCUUGAGUCAAUAAAUCAAUAGGCUUACAAUAAAUCCUCUCUGAAUGAACUUUAAACUGACUGGUCUUGACGAUACACUACAAAGGAAAACAGGGGAGGAGAAAAUUGGAUAAAAUGUGGAAUAGGAUAUUUUUUUGUGGACUGGUGGUCUGUCUCAUCUGCCUCACUGACCAGACUCAGGAACAGAAAACACCUUUAGUUGUUCAAGGGACAGAUUGCACACAGAUCAAAACUCUCUCCCCUCAAGCCACCAGUGGAGUAUAUGUCAUUCAGCCUGCAGGAGUCAGAUCCCCCUUUAAGGUGUAUUGUGAGAUGCUGGCAGACGGAGGCUGGACAGUCUUUCAAAGGCGCACCGGGGCAGAGGUUCAUUUCAACAGGAAGUGGGCUGUGUACAAACAAGGCUUUGGGAAUCUACAGAAGGACCACUGGCUGGGUCUGAGUAAGGUGUUUGCUCUAACCAAGGGGGGCAGGGGGCGGAGUUCGACUAUGCGGGUCAACCUGUGGGACUUUGAAGGGGGCACUGCCUUCGCUGAGUACAGUGACUUCCGUCUGGGCACAGAGGAGGAGAGCUACAAGCUGAACGUUGGAGCCUACAGGGGCAGCGCAGGUGAUGCCAUCCGUGGGAAAUACGCCGGCAUUGACCAGAAUGGCUUUGGCUUCAGCACAACCGACAAGGACAACGACGGCUGCUCACCCUGCAUCUUUGGCGACAUCGCCGAGGACGAGUGCAGCUUCUCGGAGGGAGGAGGGUGGUGGUACAGUCGCUGUGGCUCUGCCAGCCUGAACGGAGACUGGCACCCCGCCGGCGAACACAUCGGCUGGGCCUCCGGCCUCCACUGGGCGACCUGGAAAGGGCCUGCUCCAUACUCGGCCCGAGCCAGCCGCAUGAUGAUCAAGUCUGUGUGAGGCCACGUCUCAAUACAUCUGAAAUGGUUUCCUAGGCCUAUGUCUCCUUUGCUUUAUGACCACCGGUCUGAGCCACAUUAGUGGACAUGAGUAGAGGAAACCAUUGAAAUAACUGGAACACACACAGCUAUGUGUUCCAUGGAGUGAUGCCUGCAUAUCGUGCCAUAGUGCUUAGCUUGAAUGGUCUGUUUAUUUGGGUCUGUUGUGCAAUCAACACACUGUAUUUGUUUGUUUUUUUGUUUGUCCCAUUCGCUUUGUUGUUUUAUAUCAUGAUGCAUUAAUCAGAGCCAACAUGUCAGUGACAGAUAUAGAAAAUAUCAAUUUUCUACACUUUUUUAAACUCAAGUCUACCAUGAGUUAUGUUUUCAGUGAAGAGAGAAUACCUUGUGGAAGUUUUAUUUGUUACACUGCAACAAUUCUACAUUUAACUUCUGAACAGUUUCAUCACAUAGUUUGACAUAAUUUAAAUUCUAGAAUGUUGAUAUUGCAUGCAUUUUUAAAUAAAAUACAUUUUUGAACAUUUGUUUAGCAUGAACAUAUUCAAUAAUGUUGAGAAACCAUUCAUUUUGCUUGAAUUCACACAGUGAAAGCUCUGUGUUUAUAGAGAAAUAGAAGUUGUACUUAUUGCAUAUUAAAUCAUUCAUGGUUUCUCAUCAGACAGUAAAUAGGUUUGUUGUUCUCCUAGCCUAGAAGCCUGGUUUCUGGCUUUGAUUGAUUAUGGAUCUUUAACAAAAAAAUGAUGGUGACAUCAUUUAGGACCUUUAAGGUUGCAGUGACACAUCCAUAACCUGAGCAGAAAGCAGAUAGCAUACCGGAGAGAAUACUAUAGACAUCAAGAAAGUCAGUCAGUUGAUUAUUGACAAGUUUUUCCAACACUUUUGAUUAAUAGGGCAAAAUAGAAAUAGGCCUAUAACAGUUAGGAUCAGCUUGAUCUCCCCCUUUAAAUAAAGGACAAACUCUGGCUGUCUUCCAAGCAAUGGGAACCUCCCCAGAAAGGAGAGACAGGUUUAGUGAGUAUACAUGUUGUUACGUAUUAUUUCUCUAUACUGGUUCUCCGUGGAAAUCGAUAACACACAACCCUGGCGUUGAAAGCACCAAUGCUGUACCAACUCUUGGUGAUCUCUGCCUGUAUCUAAAAACAACAUGGAUCCACCAGAGACUCUGGGUUCGUGACCAGGCUCUGUCGUAACCGUCCGCGACCGGGAGUUCCGUGGGGCGACGCACAAUUGGCCUAGCUUCGUCCGGGUUAGGGAGGGUUUGGCCGGUAGGGAAAUCCUUGUCUCAUCGCGCACCAGCGACUCCUGUGGCGGGCCGGGCACAGUGCACGCUAACCAAGGUUGCCAGGUGCACAGUGUUUCCUCCGACACAUUGGUGCGGCUGCCUUCCGGGUUGGAUGGCGCUGUGUUAAGAAGCAGUACGGCUGGUUGGGUUGUGUAUUGGAGGUCGCAUGACUUUCAACCUUCGUCUCUCCCGAGCCCGUACGGGAGUUGUAGCGAUGAGCCAAGAUAGUAGCUACUAAACAAUUGGAUACCACAAAAUUGGGGAGAAAAAGGGGUAAAAAAAUAAUAUAUAUAUUUUUUUAAAUUACAUUUAAAAAAUAAAAAUAAAAAUAAAAACAACAUGGAUGACAAAUGCUGUACAAAGAUGUGAUCACAGGAAAUGAUCUGAUGGCCAUUUACUCAUUUGUAUAGGUGUCACAUGUCUGAGAGUUAUUCUUUCACUUCAUUGAUUAGGCUACAGGACAUCACUGUCAAAGAGCCAUAGCAAAUCUAUAGCAAAGAUCCAAAGUUCCUCCCUAAUAAUUUUGCACGCCCAAUUUUUCAGAGUUUGAUUUGUUAAAAAAGUUUGAAAUAUUCAAUAAAUGUCGUUCCGCUUCAUGA